UCCCGCCCUCUCUGACGUAUGUUCCUGUGGCCAUUUUACACUUGGUUAACUAAAAUAAAAACUACAUUAAAAAACGCCUCACUCACCCGCGCUUUACGGGACAUAUCACAAAGGGUCGUUAGCUAUACAGGUCAAAGCUUUAACUGAAAAUAAGGAAGCGCUUUGAGGAAUUUGCAAGGUCGAUAUGGACUAUGAGCGGAGGGGUGGGCGAGGCGAUCGCAUUGGUCGCUAUGGUGGCUCUCACAAGGAUCACAACUUUCGGGACAUGGACUACCGUGGUUAUGGGCAAGAGGAUGAGGAGGCAGUCCAUGAUGUCAGAAUGGAAGAUGAUGGGUUAUACAUGCCAGACGAGGGGUCCCUAGGUGUUCGUGACUUCCCAGCAGGUUUUCAAGGUUCCCAACGUUUUCCCCGCAGAGGGAAUACCAGAGGCGACAUUGGCCUUGAGGGGAAUGGCCCCCUGUGGCCCCCCUUUACUCAGUCUCACCCUGAUUGUGCACAUCUCAUCCUCCAAAGGGAGGAAGAUGGAUUCAGGCAAGACUUUGAGCAGAUACAGACUGGAAUGCUGGGAAGGGGUCGGCAAAGAGGAGGAAGAAGCUUUCCAGAAAACAGGGGUUUAUGCUCUGGAACUAGGGAUGGCAACUGGGCUGCCCGUUCUGAGCAGAUGGAAUUUAGACCAAGAGAAGAGGACAGGUGCGCUCGUGAAGGUGGAAGGAGGAGGACAUUUCCAGCAGAAGCAGCAGAGGAGGGUGGCUGUGAAAACACCGGACAAGACCUCUCUGCAGAGGAACUGGAUCAAAGAGACCAGGACUACCGUGCAGACUUGGACCAGAACCAGAGGCCCAGUAACAUUAUCAUGCUUCGCAUGUUACCACCUAGUGCCACAGCCAAUGAGAUUCGGGCACAACUUCAGGAACAGGGGAUCCAAUCAAGAGAAGUUCGCCUUAUGAGGAAUAAAUCUUCAGGUCAGAGUCGAGGAUUCGCCUUCGUCGAGUUUAAUCUCAUACAGGAGGCCACCCGCUGGAUGGAGACCAACCAGGGAACGCUGUUGAUUCUGGGACAGAGAGUGUCGAUGCACUACAGCGACCCCAAACCGCGAGCCAAUGAGGACUGGCUCUGUAACAAGUGUGGUGUCCAGAACUUCAAAAGGAGAGAGAAGUGCUUCAAAUGCAGCGUGCCAAAAUCAGAGGCUGAGCUAAAGCUACCACAGUUGCCGAAGGAUGUGCCUCUUGGUGUUCAGAAGGAGGGAGCCCCAGGCUUACUGCCUCUGCCGGUAGCCUACCACCCUGCUGGUCCCAGUGUUCCCCCCAGGCCUGCUCCACAACCAGCAGAUGUUGCAAAUGAUACUCUGAUUCUUAGAAACCUUGGUCCUCAUACGACAGUGGAAGCCAUUUUGUCGGCAUUGGCUCCUUUCGCCACCCUCUCCCCUUCCAACGUUCGCCUGAUCAAGGACAAGCACACGCAUCUAAACAGAGGCUUUGCUUUUCUGCAGCUUUCUACAAUAGUGGAGGCCUCACAGCUGCUUCAGAUUCUGCAGGCUCUCCAGCCCCCUCUGUCUAUUGACGGGAAAACUAUCGUAGUGGAGUUCGCCAAAGGUUCUAAACGCGAUGCCUUUGUGACGGAGGGGAGCAGAGUGAGCGCUGCUACAGUGGCUAGCACUGCUAUAGCUGCUGCACAGUGGGCUAUAUCACAGAACACUCCUGGUUCAGGUGAAGAUGCAUUAGUUCACCAGCAAGGAGCAGCAGUAAUUUACAGUCAGGAGGGGCAGAAUUACACUGGGUCAGACGGGACUGCUUCAAGGACCCAAAUGGAUUCCAGGAUUGCAGCCCUGACUGGUGCAGGAGCAGCACUUAAUGGGGCAUAUACAGGUGGAGGGACCCCAGCUGUUAUUUCGUCCGCGGCAGUAAAACCUGGUUCGGCAGCUGGGCAGCAGUCACUCCUCCCAGCAAUCCCCACCCCUGCCACACAGGUUGAGAUUGUAGGAAAACCUCAGGCAGCUGCUCCCAGUCAACCCGCCACCCCCGGCACUGAACACGAGCUCAAACAAUAUCCUGUACCAGACGUCUCCACAUACCAUUAUGAUGAUAGCUCAGGCUUUUAUUAUGACCCAUUCACAGGACUCUAUUAUGACCCGAAUUCCCAGUACUACUACAACGCUAACUCUCAGCAGUACAUGUACUGGGAUGGAGAGAAGCAAACCUACAUUCCUGCUCCCAGCCAAUCAAAUGCUGAAGGUGCUCCAGUGACGGAUGGUGCAGCUUCAUCAGACGCUACUGGAAACAAGGACAAAAAAGACAAACCGAAGAGUAAAACUGCUCAACAGAUUGCCAAAGAUAUGGAACGCUGGGCUAAAAGUCUGAACAGGCAAAAAGAAAACAUGCGUUCUGUGUCUUCGUCCCCUGCUGUCGGCUCGUCCUCUCGAGGGCCUGGUCAUAGUCGCUUGGAUGACUACAGAGAGUCUGCAAGUGCUGAUGCAGGCUAUGCUGUUCUGGAGAAAAAGGGCGCACUGUCUGAAAGGCCUCCGAGUUUUCUGGACCAGAUCCGACAAAGUACAGAACAGCACUCGCCUCCUCUGCAGCCCGGUCUGGUCCCAGCCUACAGUGCAGAAACUGACAGUGAAGAUGAAGGAGCCGAGAAAGACGAGAAGGAAGGAAGACUGACAGACUGGGUGAAACUGGCCUGUCUGCUCUGUAGAAGGCAGUUCCCUAGCAAGGAGGCUCUCAUCAGGCACCAGCAGCUCUCUGAACUCCAUAAGCAAAACUUGGAGCAAAGAAGAGCUCAGCUGGAAGCUGUUGGCAAAGAGAGAUUAGCAGAUGGUGGCGAACCACCAGAAGCUAAGAAGAGGAAGUUUAGUCCAAUGGAUGUAACUAGUCUUGGUGCAAGGAUGCUGCAGGGAGGUGUGAAGAAGGGGCUGCUGAUGCGCAACAUGCAAAUGGAGUGACCACAUGCUAUUUCAAUGUUUCCUGCCCGAGGAGAGGAUGAACUUUUUUAAAUUAGCAUCAUAUAACUAUCUAUAUAAGAACGUCUUGCUUUUAGAUAGAUAUUAUAAUUACCUCAACAAUGGUAAUAGUCUCAUGAACUGAUCCUGUAGCAGUAAAUGUUGGAAUAUUGCACAAAUUGCACCUUUUUUGCUUGCUUCCUAAAUAAUGCAGGUUUCAUUUCUCACUGGCUUUGAGGCUUGUUUGUAAUAACAAAGUUUGUUAGUUUGGAAAAAUAUUUGCUGUUUGGAAAUUCAAGAUUUGUCGCCUACAGAUCUUUCAGCCAGCAAAUGAGAAUUUCAAAUAUCACUGUCUAUGCACCAUAGAUUUUUUUUUUUUUUAAGUUUAAACUGCAUGCCUCGUCAUUCAGUGAAUGACUGAUCUGGGCAUGAACUGUGUAUAUUUUUGAGUGAGCACUUUUGUACACCUGUUCAGCCAGUUGAAGACAUUGUCGCCACCUGAACCCGGAUAAAGUCUCUCACCAUUAGUGUGUAGAUAAAAAGUGUCUCUCUUUUUCUUGUUCAAUUUACAAUCAAAUAAUUGUCUUUAGAAAAAAAUAUUUUUUGUCGAUGCAUUUGUCCAUUAAUGUGACUUUCAUUUAAGCUAAUGUAAAUAAUAAUACAAAUAAAAACACAUUUCCAUCUA